UUCACCGACUGCUACAUUCAACUCGUUCUCACCUUCGAACUUGCAAAUUGCCCGGUUCCAUUCCACACUCUCAAAACUAUCAACUGCUCUCUUUCUCCCAGAUAUCGACCUGACCUGAUGGCGGAUGCACUACUUGGUCCCGUUGUAGAAGUUCUAGUGGAGAAGGCAAUAAAUUUGGCUUCUGAACAAAUUGGCCGGUUUGUUGCAUUCAAGAAAGACUUGGAGAAACUGAGGGAUACGUUGACUCUGAUCCAGGCUCUCCUUCAUGAUGCAGAGGAAAGACAGGUGACUCAACAAUUCGUGAAGCGUUGGCUGGAGAAGCUUGAACGUGUGGCUUUCGAUGCUGGUAAUCUGUUGGAUGACAUCAACUAUGAGAUGAUCCGGCGCAAAGUUGAGAUUCAAAACCAAAUGAAGAGGAAGGUAUGCUUCUUCUUCUCACUCUCCAAUCCCAUUGCAUUUCGUUGCAAAAUGGCCAACAAAAUUCAGAAAAUCAGUAUGGAUUUGGAAAGAAUCAAUCAAGAAGCAUUGGGCUUUGGCCUCCAGCCACAGAUUGGAGCUAGAGAUGCGCCUCGUGUUCUUCUAAAGAAUAGGGAGACUGCCUCUGUUACUAUUGAUGUGAGUUUUGUUGGAAGAGAAAAUAAUGUCUCAGAAAUAGUAAAAAAGUUGGCUGCCCCAAAUAAUGAUGAAACUAUCUCCGUUCUCCCUAUAGUAGGGAUGGGCGGGAUCGGGAAGACUGCAUUGGCUCGAAAUGUUUUUAAUGAUCCAAAGAUUAAAGAACAUUUUGAGAAGAGCAUGUGGGUAUGCGUGUCGGAUGAUUUCAAUGCCAAUAGGCUUUUUAAGUUGAUGCUAGAAUCAUUGGAAGUACCAAUGACCGGAGUUGAGAGUAAGGAAGCCAAAGUCAAUCGGCUUAAGGGCUCAUUGGAUGGUAAAAGGUAUCUACUGGUCUUGGACGAUGUUUGGAAUAAGGAUUCCGGACUAUGGAAUGAGUUUCUUGGGUCUUUAAGGGGUACUAGCCAAGCCAUGGGGAGCUGGAUUCUUGUGACCACUCGUGAGCGACAAGUGGCAACCAUCACGAGAAUUUCUUCUCCUCAAGAUUGUUCCUUGAAAGAAUUAUCACCUGAUCAUUGUUGGCUCAUUCUCAAAGCAAAUGCAUUGGGUGCUAGGAAAGUGCCAAAUAGACAGCAAGAAGAUAUAGGGUUCAAGAUUGCAGAAAAAUGCCGAGGCUUACCAUUAGCUGCAAGCGUUCUCGGGGGCAUGCUGCGCAACAAGGAAAUAGAUGAAUGGCAGAAAUUAGAGAGUGGGCUUCAAAGAGGUGAAAAUAAUGGCAUUGAUGAAAUUUUGAAGUUGAGCUUUGAUCAUCUGCCAUAUCCAUCUCUUAAAAAAUGUCUUGCGUAUUGUUCAAUUUUUCCCAAGGAUUUUGAAAUGGAAAGGAAUCAACUGAUCCAACUUUGGGCAGCAGAAGGAUUUCUUUAUUCAAAUCCAAGAAACAAUAAUAUGUGUAUGGAGGAAGUUGGUAACAUGUAUUUUACCAUUUUGUUGGAUAGUAACUUGUUUCAAGAUGCAAAGGAGGAUGGGUAUGAGAAUGUUGUGAAUUGCAAAAUGCAUGAUCUUGUGCAUGAUAUGGUGCAAUCCAUUCCCAGUUCUAAAACUUUGAGGUUGACAGAGUCUGGAAGUGAUGACCAGGGGACGUUUCCCAUCCAGUAUCUUGCACUGGAGAGAAGUGGAGAAGAAAUGCCAUUUCCUCCCUCUGAAAGGUUCAAGUGUAUUACAACAUUAUUUUUGUUGGAAGACAGAUCACUUAAUGAUAGAGAGAUAUCAUUUUUUAUGUUGCGAGUUUUGAGCUUAAGGUCAUCAAGUGUCGAGGAGCUUCCUAAAUCAAUUGGGAAGCUAACUCAUUUGCGGUACCUUGAUUUAUCCAGACCUUCAAUCGAAACAAUGCCAGACUCUCUUUGUCGACUUUAUCAUUUGCAGACAUUAAGAGUUGAAGAUUGUUAUUCAUUGACAAAGUUUCCAGAAAAUUUCACGAAUUUGGUGAAUUUGAGGCACUUUGAAGUGCGAAAUUGCGCAAACUGCAAAGAGUUACCAACUCUUGGGCACAUGUCCUCCCUCAGAUCUCUUCACUUGGAAAGACUUGAUGGCAUAACAAGCAUAGGACCUUCUUUUUAUGGAGAAUCAACCAUACAUAGUGGAAGCGGCAGUCAAAGUCCCCUAAAAUUGUUUCCAGCACUUGAACAUUUCAUUCUAAGGUACGCGCACAAUUUGACUGAAUGGACGGGAGCAGAAGUUCAUGAUAGAGAAUUGAUGGUAUUUCCUGUCCUUCAGACGAUAGAGAUUUACUAUUGCCCCGAACUAGCAACUUUUCCAAGUCAUUUUCCAAGUCUCAAGAAAUUGCACAUCCAUUUGACUAAGAAUGGGUCAGCAGUAAUGGAAUAUAUUCGCAGCAGCGGAGUUAGCACUCUCACCGGUCUUUGCCUUUUAUUUGUGAAUGGGUUCACUGAGCUACCAAAUAUGUUAUUUCAAAACAAUCCAAAACUUGCAGAUCUCGUGUUAAAACGUUGUGAUGAUUUGACCCAUUUCUUGGAUUUUCCGUCUGAAGUUUUAGAAGGUCCAAAUUCCCAAACAGUGCUUGAGUUGAGCCAACCACACACUUGUAUUGACAAUAGUGCUACUCAACGUUUGGUUGGUCUUGAGUCCCUUGAGAAAUUACUUGUUCGGAGUUGCGAUUCACUCAAGUCGAUUUCAAUCCCCAAGGGAGACAAGUACCUCACUGCCUUGCGCGAAUUAGAAAUUUCCCAUUGCUAUGGGUUGACCCACUUGUCCAUCCCCCAGCUAUCUGAGUCAGAGUGGGAUUCCACUUCUCCGCCCUCCCUCUCCGCUACUUCUCCUCCUCCUCUUCUACCUCUCGAGAAAUUGAGAGUAUACAGCUGCCCCGAUCUGAUCUCCUUUCCAAUUGAUUUAACCCGAACACCUUCUCUCUCUUACCUGGACAUAUCUCGUUGUCCCAAAUUAACGGACUUGCCCAAGGAGAAGCUUUGUUCUCUUACAAGCUUGAGAACCUUAUCGAUUGGACCAUUCUCAGAAACCACAGAGUUGCAUUCCUUCCUAUACCUCUUUGAUGCUCUCCCACCACCGCACCCCUACUUCCCCUCCCUUUCGGAAUUAUUUCUGCGUGGAUGGUCUCAUUGGGAAUCUCUGCCCGAGCAACUUCAGGGCCUCUCUGCCCUAACAACUCUUUUUUUAGAAGGUUUUGGAGUGAAAUCAUUGCCCGAUUGGUUUGGGAAGCUUUCGUCACUUGAACGACUUUGUCUCUUGGAUUGUAAAAAGCUAGAGAAUUUACCCUCUCACCAAUCUAUGAGAAGCCUCACCAGACUAAGAAAGCUGGAGAGUGACGGGUGUCCCCUUCUAAAGGAAAGAUGUAAACCAAAGAGCAGCAGUAGCAGCACCACCGAAUCCAAUUCUGAGUGGUCGAAGAUCUCCGGCAUUCCCCAAAUUGAAAUUGAUGAGCAGCAAAUCAGAGGCUAAUCCCCAUUUGAAGCUCAUAAAUAACGUCAGUUUUCCCAAUUAAAGCUACUAGCCUAACUUCUACUCAAUAAUUGAUGCGAACUAUUUUUCCUUCGUCCUGUGCGCUUUUGCUUUCUAGGUAAUCUUUUCAUUUAUGUUUGUGUGAUCUUUUGUCCCUGAAUUAGCACUUUCCAGAUAUUCCUUUGUGAUCUACUACCAUGUUUUACUUCCUCCAAUAUUUGUGUCUUUCAACAUGUUAAAGGAUUAACAUUAUUUGGAACUUUGUUAAUGAGAGAAAUUUUGUGAGGCCAUUUCUGAAAUUUAUUGCAAUAUGGUCGGAAAACAUAAUUGUUGUAUUAGCUAUGGUUAUCCAAAACCUUUCUCAGCUAUCAUAGCUUAUGUUUGAAAAUAGUAACUACAGGUCAUUCUUACAGCUAAUAAUUUCGAAAUUUUGCAGUUUAUAGUGUGCAACAUAAAGUUUGCAAAUUCAUUGCUAUGAAUAAUGCUAACUUUUCAGCAUCCACCAAAGUAUGUUUGAUCAAAUUUGAUCAUCUUAUUUUUCUUUCUACUUUGCUUAUGCAUUUAGUAUGCCAUAUCAAUCCUUUAUCUCCAUUUGUUUUUUACAUUUGCAUCGUCGAUUAUUUCAGUGAAUUGUUAAUUCAAAUUUGGUCUAUAUGCAGUGGUGAAGGUUUCAGACUAGUUUAAGUCUUGCUUUUAGCUCAAACAAAUUCCUAGAUUGCGUUGGUGUCUUUUGAAAUUCUAUAAAUGGUAAAUUUUGUAUGAGUGAUCCUCUAUGUCAAAAAUAUUUAACUACAGAAGCUACUUCAGCCUGCCAUUAACUCCUUAGAGUCAAUCUUGAUGGUUACUCUUUUAUUUUGGCAUUUACUUAUUCAUCCUUGCAUAUUUCUAGUUUGAAAUUUCGACACGAGUAAUGUGCAUGUGAGAUUGUAAGGAUUGACAAUUGAAGUAGCCAACUAACACCACUAUUACUUUGAAGUUUUAAGAAUGUUUUACGUGAGAAUGACUGUGGACAAGCUUGGCGACUCAUGUAAGCAUACAUUCUUUUGGGUAUCUUUCUAGUAAAAGAUUUGUAACAUAAUGAAAAAGUGACAUUUUCUACCAGUGUUUUCCAUUCAGCUCAGGAUUUUCACUUAUAGCUGAAAGUAAGAGCUUUUUCCUCAAACUGUUUUUUUUUUUUAAAGAAUGCAUUUCAUGAAGUAAACUGAAUUCCCUAUGCUUCCAUGGAGAUUCUAAACUUAGCAUGAUUUUCAACAUGAUCCUAUGUGUUACUUUCUUCGAACAAAUUGUAAUAGUACUGGGAGAUUGUUAGCCUUUAAAGUUAUGAACUUGAAAAAGGUCAAUAUUUCAAGUGAUAAGAAUAACACUGGUUUGGGCUUUAUAUGGUUCUGGUAAAUCAUCUCUUCCAGCUCCCUUUCAGGAUCUCAGGGAAGUUAACCUGUUAAUUCGUGGAAGUAGUGUGGCUUUAUUUCGUUUUCCAUUUCUGCUGUAGCAUCAAAUGCUGCAGAAACCCAUUGGGAAGAAAUAUCAAGAAACUGCUUUAAGGCAUGACUUAAAUAUCAAGUAAUAUAAUUUAUUGACUUUAUUUUUUGAGGUAUCUUGCAAAUUCAGUUUUUUCUGUUAUCUAAUGAAUUCUUACAAAAUGAACUCUCUGGUUUUCGAAAUUGAAAUUGCUUAGAAAUUUUGGGAAGGGUUUUGGUACCAUAAAUGCUGGUGCAAUCCUCUAUCAGCCUUAUCAUUUUGUUUUUUACCUGUUUCUUGAUAUUUAUGUUUUUGUGGACUUUUGAUUUUGUUUCUCAAAUCUAAGAGGACUAUUUCUAUUGAAACAGGUUGUCUUGAACAAAAUCUAGAGUCCUGAUACGUUGUUUAAAUAGCUUGAUCACUUAGAUGAAGUUUGAAUUUGGCUAUAUUGUGGGUGCAAAAGGGUUUCUGAGUGGAUAUAGGAUGCGUAUCUUUUGAUUUAUAGGGAAGAUGAUGUCACAAGGGGAGCUGCCCCAACAGUGAGUGAUGCAAGAGCUAUGAGAUUUUCUACUUUGAUCAUAUUCUAAUUGGAUGCUAAGUUGUCACAAUCUGCUUAAAUUCUAAGAAAACUGAAGUCUACACUGAGUGUGUUAAUGAUUUAGUCAAUUCUGUGUAUUCUAUAAUGCUAUCUUCAGUUA